AUGCAUCACAUUCUAUUCAUUUUCAUCACCAUGAUAUUCACAGAACGCGUGUUCAUUCUUGAUGAGCACAGGCCACGAAAUUACAUAAGCAAGAUUCGCAAGGACUUCCACUCCAUAUUCGUGCCCCCGCGCCGAAACAAUAAGUACGUCAGUGUCACCAAGCAGCACGCGCUGAGCGGUAGCAAGAAGAAGCACAACGAGCUGCUGCUCGACUACCAAAUACGCUACCAGAUCCUGAACAACCAGGCAGACGACAAUGCGGUCCUCAGCAAUUCGUUCCAGAAAUACCUGGACGAGAUGGUACUUGUGUUCAGAAUGCUGUACAAGCUGAGAACAAGCGAUAACUACUCGCACAUCAAGACGACGAGGCUGACAUCGGACGUGAAGCUUGUGCUCACGAGCGCGGAGGCACUGUUCGAGAAGCGGUUGAAGACGAGCAGAAUAAAAAGCGAGGAGGACGAGUUAAUACGGGCACUGAACAUUCUUAAGUACGACCUGCUUGAUGUGGCGGUCUGUGACGAGAUAAGCGGCAAGAAAGCGAAGAGGUAUUCGAGCGAAUGUCCGAUCUGCUUCGAGGACUAUGACCUGGUGUAUGCACCGUGCGGACACGGGUUCCAGCUCACGUGCCUGUACAAAUGGAUGCUUGAGAAGAGAACUUGCCCAUGCUGCGGGAGAGCGUUGCUGCCCGACGUAGACCCUGCAGAUGGCCUUGAUAUCGAGUAAAUAAAAUUGUUGAGUAAGA